AUGGUGAAAUUGUUGCUGCUUUCUCUGGGCGUGGCUUUCUUGACCGCGUCCAGCUUCGCCAGUCCUGGCGGUAGAGGCGGCGGUGGAGGGGGUGGGGGAGGGGGCGGUGGCGGCGGGGGCGGUGGUUAUGGAGGCAGUGGUUUUGGUGGGGGUGGAGGGACGGGAGCAGUCACCUUCAUCCUAGGUGGAGGUCGUGGAGGCGGGGGUGGAGGCGGCGGCUACGGAGGUAGUGGAGGAACCUCCAGCUUCACCCUCGGCGGUGGUGGAGGUCGUGGUGGGAGUUAUAGCGGUGGCUCGUCAAGCAGUGGCUUUAACUUAGGGGGCCAUGGAGGUGUUGGUGGUGGUGCCUUCUUUGGCGGAGGCGGUUCAGGCGGUGGUUUCGGAGGUGGUGGCGGAAGCUAUGGAGGAGGCUCUGGUGGUGGCUUUGGAGGUGGUCGUGGUGGCGGAGGCGGCGGCGGCUAUAGUGGUGGAUCAUCGAGCAGUGGUUUCAGCUUCGGAGGCCAUGGAGGCCUUGGAGGGGGUGGCGGCACUUUGGAGGUAGUGGUAGCGGUGGCGGAUAUGGCGGCGGAGGAAGCUAUGGCAAAUAAAAUGGAAAUAUUUUCAAAUGGUAUGAUUCACGCCAUUCUAUGA